GUUGGAAUAGAGUCUCGUGUGCGCGCGAUAGUUAAGCUUUUGGGUGUUGGAGGAAACGAUAUUCGCAUGGUAGGGAUAUGGGGCACUGGUGGAAUAGGUAAGACAACAAUUGCUAAAGCUGUUUAUAAUUCCAUCGCCCAUAUGUUUGAAGGUAGCUGUUUUCUAGAUGAUGUUAGAGAAAGAUCAAUGCCGUAUGAAGGCUUAGUCAAACUACAAAGUAUUCUUCUUUCUGAGAUUCUAGGGGUGAAAGAAGUAAAGGUGACCAAUGUUGACAAAGGAAUCAAUGUGAUAAAGAAAAUGUUGAAUGGUAAGAAGCUUCUCCUAAUUCUUGACGAUGUGAAUCAAUUGGACCAAUUAAACAAAUUAGUUGGAAGGUCUGAUUGGUUUGGUUCAGGCAGCAGAAUUGUUCUAACGACAAGAGAUAAGCAUUUGCUAAUUGCUCAUCAAGUCAAUCUAAUAUAUGAGGUUGAGAAGUUAGAUCAUUAUGAGUCCUUAAAGCUCUUCGCCAGUUGGAAUUCAUUUUCAAGAAAUGGACACUUAGAAGAUGAUUAUGCGAAACUUGCAAACGAUGUAGUAGACUAUGCUGAGGGUCUUCCAUUAGCUCUGAUGGUUUUGGGUUCACAUCUAUGUGGUAGAAGUCUUGAUCAAUGGAAAUAUGCAUUAGAUGGUUACAGAAGAGUUCCUAACCGAGAGAUUCAAGAAAUUCUCAAAAUAAGUUAUAAUGCACUAGAAGAUGGGGUGAAGGAAGUUUUCCUUGAUAUUGCAUGUUUCUUUAAAGGUCAAGACAAGGAUUAUGUGAUACAAAUACUGGAAGGUUGUGACCUCAACCCUAAGUAUGAUCUUGAAGUACUCGUGGAAAAGGCUCUUAUAAAUAUUACAUAUGAUGGCUGCAUUUGGAUGCAUGACUUGAUACAAAAAAUGGGUAAAGAAGUAGUUCGCCAAGAGUCACCAACUGAGCCUGGAAAACGUAGUAGGUUGUGGUUUCACGAGGAUGUUUACCAUGUUUUAACAGAAAACACAGGAACGGAUAUGAUCAAAGGUAUUAUGGUGAAGUUGCCUGCUGGGCUUGAGUUAGACGAGGUAUGUUUGAAUGCUGAAAGCUUCUCAAAGAUGAAAAAUCUUCGACUUUUUAUAAAUCAUAAUGCGCGCUUGUCUGGAGAAGUUGAUUAUCUUCCCAAUGAGUUGAGGCUCCUUAGCUGGCCUGAAUAUCCGUCACAAUCUUUGCCACCCAAUUUUAAUCCAAAGAAACUUGUUGCUCUUACUAUGCCUCGUAGCCGCAUUUUACGACUGGAUUUGGAAUUCAAGAGUUUGAAAUUUCUAAAUUUGGAGCGCAGCAAAUUCCUAAGAAAAACCCCUGACUUCUCUGGAGUCCCAAACUUGGAGACGUUGAAUCUAGACGAUUGUACAAGUUUAGUUGAGCUUCAUCCUUCUGCUGGAUUCCUUCAUAAGCUUGUUAAGUUGAGGCUUAUGGGAUGCCGUAGUCUUACUCUGUUUCCUGAAAUUAAGGGGAAGAUGGAAUCUUUGAAAUACCUGUAUCUAGCAUACACUUCCAUCAAAGAAUUGCCUUCAUCGUCAAUUCGACAUUUCACUCGUCUCGAGGAAAUGAAUUUAACCGGAUGUGAAAACCUUACAAAUCUGCCAUUCAGCAUUUAUGAGUUGAAGCACCUAGUGUCAAUUUCUGUCAUGAAAUGCUCAAAAUUGGUUUCAUUUCCUAAAAUGGAGAAGUCUGAAGAUUCAAGGAGUGCAGAAUCACUUGUGACUCUUCAAGGAGGCAAUUUAGCGUUUCCCAAGCUAUCUAGAUUCUAUGUGGGCCGAUCCAAUCUUUCAGACAUUGCCGACCUUCUGACUCUUGAUUGCAUGACCAAAUUAACUACACUUGAUCUAUCAGGAAGCAAUUUCGUUAGUCUUCCCGUAUGCAUUAAUAACUUUGUCAACUUGCGUGAUCUUCGGUUGGUUAGUUGCAAGAGACUUAGAGAAAUUCCAGAUCUUCCACGUGCAUUGAAAUAUUUAAAUGUGAGUGAUUGCUUAUCAUUGGAAAGAGUUUCAAAAUUGUCCAACAUUUUGGAACGUAAAGAGUCUCAAAUGUUCAAGGGAAUGAGAUUGACUAAUUGUUGGAGACUGCGUAACAAUCUGGUUCGAAUUGCAAAGAAGAAAAAUAUGUUCAUAAAUCAAGUCAAUCUCUUCUCACUCUUUCUCCUCUCUCUCACAUCUUAUGUCGUGGUUGAAUUUCCAGGAAGGGGAAUUCCAAAGUGGUUCAGUUAUCGUAAGGAUUUGAAGGAUCUUCGCGAAUGGCUUUGCAUGUUGCCUCAUGUUGGGGAGAGAAAGAUAGGAAUUAAUGAAGCUGUUGUUCCAGAAGAAAUUGAAAGCUCGUCCUUCAUUCGAUGUAGAUACUAG